CCUAGCUUAGCUCAUUUACGACGGGAUUUAGCUACCCCUCCACUCCGCCUAAUCACCAAUCGCAGUCAUUGCGUUAUCGUGUUGCAGUUUAUCCUGUAUCUUCAUUAUCUAAACAUCACCUGCCUACAUAUUCUUUCUUUUUCAGCCAUGUCUGACCACGAAUCCGACUCUGAGGACCUCUUCGACUCGCCCUCUGCAAAGCCUAUUUCCAGAGAACAACCGAGCCGACCUAAAACGCCUUCGAACCCUUCGAGUAAUCGUUAUGACGACCCGGACGAGGGCCGAGAGGCUAACCUGCGACGGGAAUUAGAAGGUGUGAGAAAUAUCAAUGAGUUGAUCGAGGGCGUAAUUGGAACCCUAGAACGGGCGAAGGGCAACAUGCACACCGUCUCUAAUACCGUCAACACCGCGUCCACGCUUCUCAACACCUGGACGCGCAUCCUGUCCCAGACCGAGCACAACCAGCGCCUGAUUCUAAACCCCUCCUGGAAAGGCGCGAGCCAGGACCUAGCUGAGGCGGAAGCUGAGGCCCAGCAGAAGGCGCGCGAGGCCGAGCGCCGCGCUGCCGAGGACGAGCGUCGUCGCGCGGAGGCUAGACGCCGCCAGGAAGAGGAGCAGCGCCAGCGCGAAUCCGGCGCUAGUGCACGCAGCUCUACUACUAGCACCAGGGGAACAGUGCGCGGGACGAGAAGCAGUAGGGUUGGUAGUAUCAGAGGCAGAACAACGACCACGGGGCGGAGCGCGUACUCCUCCGUAUCGAGCCGGCCUACGUCCGCAGCAGACACGAGCUCGACGAGUACGGCUAGAGGUACGUCGGGGAUUGGUCGAGGGUUCUUGAGAGGUAGAUCAAGAGGGACGCGAGGCUAUUAAAAGGGGGGUUGUAUGGAUGGAUGGAUGGAUGGAUGGACGGAUAUGAUUGUAGGGCCUUCAAAUGGGCUUGAUUUGAUGAUUAUGCCAACUGUCUACCUAACUUCAGGUAUACAUGAAUGAUGAUGAA